CAUGUUCUCCGAGGGCGACAUCGGCGUCCUCCCGCCGCUCGGCGUGUACGACCCGCUCGGCCUCAUCGAGACGCGCGACAUGCGCCGCUACGAGAUCAUGGAGGUCAAGCACGGCCGCGCCGCCAUGCUCGGCUUCCUCCACGUCAUCGCGCUCAAGGCGGGCGUCGUCCUCCCGGGCGCGCUCACCCUGUCGGGCACCAAGUUCUCCGACAUCCCGACCAGCUGCUUCGGCUCGCUCGAGGCGGUCCCCACCUUCGGCUGGCUGCAGAUCAUGCUCUUCUGCCUCUUCCAGGAGACGGGCUACGGCCUCGGCCUGGCCAAGGGCCAGACCGGCGGCUACGCCUCCAACCCGGACAACAACGAGGACGACGGCGAGGUGGGCGACAUCGCGGGCAUCCCGUGGGUGCGGUACGACGACCCCGAGACCAAGACCUUCAAGCUGAACGCCGAGCGCCAGAACGGCCGCGCCGCGAUGCUCGGCAUCACCGGCUGCCUCGUGCACGAGAUCCUCGGCGUCGACGCGCUCUACCCGACCGGCGGCCUGGGCGGCGCCGCGCCCCCAGCCAUCUUCUGAGCCUGUCUCGAGUCUGCUCCGCCGCGCGCGCGCUCACGACGCCACCUAUUAGGCGCGUGAGCGCCUGUGGUCUGUGUGCGCCGUCUGUGUUUGUGCAGUGUGGAGUUUUGGCGCUCCUCUGUAGUACAAAAGUCGAGAGACAAUGCCUG